CGGCGGCGGCUGCGGGAACUUUCCCGGCGGGUCUAAUGGCUGCGCGCGGGCCGCUGUGAGGCGCGGCGCGGCGGCGAGCGGGCGCGGGGCCGCGGAGCAGCGGAGAGCCAGCGAGCGCGAGGCCGGAGCCCCGGCCAGGCCCGGCCCGACCCGCCGAGCCCGCGAUGCGUCCCGGGGCCGCCCCCCAGCUCAGCUGACGCCCCGCGGCCCCGCGAGACCCCGGCCCCGCCGGGCCCGCAGGAAGCGGUCGCCGCCGCCCAGCCCAGCGCCCGCGCCGCCCGGGCACCAUGGCGGGGAAGGCGGCCGCCCCGGGCACCGCGGUCCUGCUGGUCACGGCCAACGUGGGCUCGCUCUUCGACGACCCAGAAAACCUGCAGAAGAACUGGCUCCGGGAGUUCUACCAGGUUCUGCAUGUACACAAGCCGCACUUCAUGGCCUUACACUGCCAGGAGUUUGGAGGGAAGAACUAUGAAGCUUCCAUGUCCCACGUGGACAAGUUCGUCAAGGAGCUGCUCUCAAGUGAUGCAAUGAAAGAAUAUAACCGGGCUCGAGUCUACCUGGAUGAAAACUACAAAUCACAGGAGCACUUCACGGCACUAGGAAGCUUUUAUUUUCUUCAUGAAUCCUUAAAAAACAUCUACCAGUUUGACUUUAAAGCUAAGAAAUAUAAGAAAGUCACUGGCAAGGAGAUCUACUCGGAUACCUUGGAGAGCACGCCAAUGCUGGAGAAGGAGAAGUUCCCACAGGACUACUUCCCCGAGUGCAAGUGGUCAAGAAAAGGCUUCAUCCGGACACGGUGGUGUAUUGCUGACUGUGCCUUUGACUUGGUGAACAUCCAUCUUUUCCACGAUGCGUCCAACUUAGUAGCCUGGGAGACGAGCCCCUCGGUGUACUCAGGAGUCCGGCACAAGGCCCUCGGCUACGUACUCGACAGAAUCAUCGACCAGCGGUUUGAGAAAGUUUCCUACUUUGUCUUUGGAGAUUUCAACUUCCGUCUGGAUUCCAAGUCUGUGGUAGAGACACUCUGCACAAAAGCCACGAUGCAGACAGUCCGGGCCGCCGACACCAAUGAAGUUGUGAAGUUAAUAUUUCGGGAGUCAGACAAUGACCGGAAGGUUGUGCUCCAGUUGGAAAAGAAGCUCUUUGACUACUUUAACCAGGACGUCUUCCGGGACAACAAUGGCACUGCGCUCUUGGAGUUUGACAAGGAGUUGUCUGUCUUCAAGGACAGACUGUAUGAACUGGACAUCUCAUUUCCCCCCAGCUACCCGUACAGUGAGGACUCCAGCCAGGGCCAGCAGUACAUGAACACCCGCUGCCCGGCAUGGUGUGACCGCAUCCUCAUGUCCCUGUCUGCCAAGGAGCUGGUGCUCAAGUCAGAGAGCGAGGAGAAGGUAGCCACCUAUGACCACAUUGGGCCCAACGUCUGCAUGGGAGACCACAAGCCCGUGUUCCUGGCCUUCCGAAUCGCGCCUGGGGCAGGUAAACCUCAUGCACAUGUGCACAAGUGUUGUGUCGUGCAGUGACGUGUUGGGAAGAGGAGCCAGCGCCAGGACAGGGCCCUGGGCGAGACCUCCCUGUAGCCGUCUAUCAACAAUGCUACUCCAGCCGCGUCCGCGUGGUCCCCGCCCGACCAUCACCCGCUAGACGGCCGCCGGCCCCACACUUCGCUUCAGCCUCCGGAGCCUCCGGAAAGCUUCACAUACCUCACCUCGUGUCUGUUUGUGUGACAUUAAGUAGACAUACUGGGUUUUUAAAUAAGUCACAGUCCUAUUGCCAAAACUCUAAUAGACAAGCAAAGAGAUUCUGUAUUUUAGACUCACACGUUUCCAUGUGUCAUGAGUGUCUGUGGAGGAGCGUCUCCAGCACGGGGCCCGGGGUGGCUGGUGCCCUCCCCCGCCCGGGCCACGCCACCCCCGCGUCCUGACUCUACUGCCAUGCGACAUGGCCUCGGAAUCACACUGCAACUGCUUUCCAUUUUUAUAUAUAUAAAUAGAUACGUAUAUACUUUUUAAAUAAUUUAUAAAUCCUACCAAAACUUAUGCUGAAUAUACCUUCCAGUAGGCGUGCACGCGUGUCCUGUCGGCAGGUCACGCGAGGUGGCAGCCCAGUGACGCCCGUCCACACGAGUUCCCCGGACGGAGGACCCGCGGUGCGGGCGGGGACGGCCCUGCUGCCGCUCGGGCCCUGGCACGCGCCUCUCCUCUGCCUCUCUCUGUGUCAUAGUAAGAACUGAAUGUGAAGUUUGUAGCUAGCCUGGGUGUACCUUUGAAGACUUUUGUAAACCAUUUUGUCUUUUGUUACCGUUUUAUGGUGCCAAGUAUCCUACGUUAAAACCAUAAUCUCGUGGGAGAAUUAGAAAUAGCCGCAUCCGCUUCCCACGGACCGCUUCUAGCCUGGGCUGUGUGUGGAUGUGGAAGAGAAGGGACCCUGGGCUGCCCGCCCGCUGCCCGCCUGCCUUCCCGGCGGGGGUGGCCCGCUGCCCACACCGGGCCCCCAGCACUGAGGACCUCGCCGAAGGCAGCCGCAGAGCCUGUUGCCAAAAGAGACACAGCGUGCAUUUAUUGAUUUACUUCUGAACACUACAGUUCCUGGACUGGGCUGAGGCAUGAGUUCAUGUGGUUCUGGAGGAAUCACUACCCUGGAGAGGGAUUGGGCAUCCGCGGGCCGGCCUGGUUCUCGAGGCUCUGGUCUGGUCUGUGGAGUGCUGGGGUGCGAGUUUGUCAACAUGCCUUGUCCUGGCCACCACGUGAGAUUGUCUGGGUUUCCGCUGGAGUCCUUCUUCUGAAGGCCUUUGGAAGAGACUGCCUGGUUCCUAAGCAAUAAAAUUGAUCCUGGUGAAAACAGUUCCUGCUGCUUUGUCU